AUGACAGAACAUUGGGCGUAUUAUAUAUUAACACCAUCUGUUAUAAGUAAGCAUUGGUCAGUGCGUGUUUGUGGAAAUAGGAUUAAACAUGGAGCAAAGAAUCAGGACCCGCACUUCAAGCAGUAUGAAUUUAUGGUAGGAAAAAUUCCUGUUCCUGCUUUUGAAGAUACUCUUGAGAAAUAUCUUAAAUCUGUUGGAUAUUUAGUAAAUCUGAGGAAUACGCAAAGACCAAGCUGCUAUAAUAGAAUUUCAAAGCCCGCUAUUAUUGGCAAGGAAUUGAGACAGUUGUUGUUAAAUUUCAACAAUCUCAACAUGAUUAAUUGGUUGGAAGAAAGUUAUGUAUUUGAUUACAAGUCAUCUAUAUGA